CUUGCCGAAUCAGAAGGUUCGAGUGCCGUCUCGAACAUUCUCUCUUGACUAUAAAGAAAAAGGAAGUAGGGAGAGAGGUGCGAGGAUUCUUAUUCGUUCUCUCUCUUUUGCACGCCAUUAACAAAAAAGAAAGAAAGAAAGCUCAUCGGUUUCUCAGAUCCACUUCUUCUUCGGUCUGAGCCAUGGCUUCGAAGAGGAUUUUGAAAGAGCUUAAGGAUUUGCAGAAGGAUCCUCCUUCUAACUGCAGCGCAGGUCCUGUGGCUGAGGACAUGUUCCAUUGGCAAGCAACUAUCAUGGGACCUCCUGACAGUCCUUACGCUGGAGGAGUCUUUUUGGUCUCCAUUCACUUUCCUCCGGAUUACCCUUUCAAGCCACCAAAGGUGUCUUUUAAGACUAGGGUGUACCAUCCCAACAUCAACAGCAACGGAAGCAUUUGCCUUGAUAUCCUGAAAGAACAGUGGAGUCCUGCUCUUACCAUAUCCAAGGUUUUGACCUUUUGUAUCUCUGUCAACCUUUUUAACCACAAAGAAGACUGUUUAUGUUUGUUAAUGCGGGUGAUGAUGCUCUGGAUACAGGUUUUGCUGUCGAUCUGCUCAUUGCUGACAGACCCGAACCCAGAUGAUCCUCUUGUGCCAGAGAUUGCGCAUAUGUACAAGACGGAUAAGACCAAGUACGAGUCAACUGCUCGAAGCUGGACGCAGAAGUACGCCAUGGGAUGAUGAAGACUCAAGUUGUGGUCGAAGACAAGCAAAAGCAUAACGUUAUUUCUCAUCUAAAUAUAUUGAACUGCAUUUGUUUGGUUUAGUUAAACGCUAUUAUUAUGUGAUCAUAAUUGAGCAACUUAUAUGCUCUUACUCCUCUGUUCUGCUGAUAUCAUUAUUAUUCACGUUACUUAAGGUUUUAAUCAUCGAAUUACCUCUCCUCA